GGAUGGUGUAGUCCAAAAAUGGCCGCCGUCGUCCAUGUGUUUCGAGCUGACAGAAGGAUUUCUGUUAUUUAAUGCUUCAUUGUUCGCUUUUAAUAACGUUGAUGCUGUUAAACUCACUUUGUACUUUCAAUACAAACGUUCGGAUAAUACAUUAAUUUAUCAGAAUGCCUCACAGGAAGAAGAAAGCCUUCAUCAAUAAGAAGAACGCCGUGUCUUUUCACCUGGUGCACAGGAGUCAGAAAGAUCCUCUCGCUGCAGAUGAGACGGCACCUCAGCAUGUCCUCCUGCCCGCUGCCAAGGUGGAGGUGGAGAAGAGGAGGGAGGAACAGCGCAAGUUCGGAGUGUUCUUCGACGACGACUACAAUUACCUGCAGCACCUGAGAGAGGCGUCCCGGCCCGCCGAGCUGGUCUCUGCUCCUCGCCACCGCAGAGGCGCGCAACCAAAUCCUGCACAAGAUGAAGAGGACGAGGAGGAAGAGGACGCCGACGUCCCUAUGGCCUCCAUCAAACUGCCCUCGUCUGUCUUCGCGUCCGAGUUUGAGGAGGAAGUGGGUUUAUUAAACAAAGCAGCUCCUGUUUCAGGGCCGCGGCUGGAUAUGGAUCCUGACAUCGUCGCUGCUCUUGAUGAGGACUUUGAUUUUGACGACCCGGAGAACUUGCUGGAAGAUGACUUCAUCAUCAAAGCCAAUGACGUCACGGACGCCGGCAUGGGGGAUGAUGAUGAUGAUGACGAGUGGGAGGACACGAGCGAUGAAGACGAGGAGCAAGACUAUGAUUCAGAAGGUGGUCUGUCAGAGGAUGAGGAAGGCGGCCGGAGAGAGUUCAUGUUUGCAGACUGCGAGACCAAGAGUCGUUUCACAGAGUAUUCCCUCACGUCCUCCGUCAUGAGGAGGAACGAGCAGCUCACGCUCCUAGACGACCGCUUCGAGAAGUUUUACGAGCAGUUUGACGAUGACGAGAUCGGUGCGCUGGACAACGCAGAACUGGAGGGGUACAUCGAACCGGACAGCAAUCGACUGGAGGAGGUCAUCAAAGACUACUUCAUACAGAAGGAGAAAGAAUGUCAGAAACCAGACCAGCUGGGUCUUGCAGAGCUGCCUUCUGUGAAAGAGGAAGAUGAGGAAGAGGAUGAGGAAGAGGUGGAGAUGGAGAGGAUGGUGAUCGAGCCGCCCACAGAGAGCUGGGACUGUGAGACCAUCAUCAGUACAUACUCCAACCUCUACAACCGGCCCAAGCUGAUCCAGGACCCCCCAAAGCCCAAGCAGAUCCGAGUGUCCAGCAAGACGGGGAUCCCUCUGGACGUCCUGCCCAGACGAGGCCUGACCAACAAACAGGUGGAGAGGAUGGAGAGGAUCAACGACUCGGACCUGCCCCGAGCCUCCACACAGCCCCGCUCGCGAGACGAGAGCGGAGAGGAGAGGAGAGCCAGGAAACAGGCCAUAAAGACCGAGAGGAAGGAGAGGAGGUCGGAGAAGAAAGCAAACAAAGUGGCGUUCAAGCAGGAGAAGCAGAUGCAGGAGAAGCAGAUGGUUAGUCUGAGAGCAAACGUUCAGGGCCUGAAGCUCUCGUAGGACGGCGGAGAUGCUCCAGAGACCGUCACUGAGACCACAGGACCUCACUGAAGACACCUCGCGUCGCUCUCUUUAUCAGAACUACUUCCCUGUUUGACUCGUACAGCGAGAAUGCAGUUCUGAAAGACGCUUUUGAAUAGCGUUGCCGUGGAGACAAACAGAACAAACGGAAUCUACAGAAACUGUUCUAUUAAGAGUUUGAAAGGAAACGAUCAAAAGGAGUUUGUUUCUUAAACACUUUCUUUUUGUACAAAAUUUAAUUAAACAUCACAUUCAUAGGCUUUCAAUCAGUUAUAUCUAUAUAUAUAUUACAAAAAAUAGAAGUACUAUUUUUUUUCGUAAAAUCCCAGUCUAGUAUUAAUAAAAAAAACAACUUUGUUUUUGAGUACAUAAAGUGGCUUGUCAGUUCAGCAUGAAUGAAGUCGCUUGUGCUCUCCCAUCAUCGUUGUUGUGCAUUGCGCAAUAAAGAAGUUUGGCCUCAGA